AGAAAAUUAAUUUAGUAAUUUUAAAAAUUUGCCUAUUGGAUUCUUUUCAAAAUUUAUUGAUAUAGAAGUAUAUUAUUUAAAUGGAGAGAAUAAACGGUCAAAAUCUGCACCGUCUCUUUCUCAUGACUCUUUUCCCCUUCCCUUCUCUGCUUUCUCACUUGCCCCCUGCACGCCUGACACAGUCUCGAGGGAAAAGCAAAACCUAGCAACCAUCCAUAAUUAAUGGCCGCACAGUACCUCCAUGGGCUCGACACCGAGAAGAGCCCAAACUCCCACACUCAGCAAACACCAAUAAGAGGGAGAUCCAGACAGAUCUCAGGUUCCGAGCCCAAUGACUCAUUGAAAAGGACGAGUAGUGGUUGAAUGAGUGCCAGUGAGACAGACAGACAGACAGACAGCAGAGAGAGCGAGAUGGAGGAGAGGGCAAUGGAGGCGGAGUUGGUGUCGAUCCCGGCGACGCCGAAGGGAUUAUCGACGCCGGAGACGUCGGUGACGCCGAGGGGUACGGUGAGGACAUCGGCGAGGGUGAAGGCGUCUUGGACGCCGACAGGGGUGACGUCGGCAAUGGCGACGCCGAGGCUGCUUAGUCCAAGUGGAUCAAUGGGGACGCCGAUGAAGAAAGUGGUGGUGAGUCUUCGAGGGUACUUGGAAGAGGUAGGUCAUCUAACGCGGCUCAAUCCGCAGGACGCUUGGCUUCCCAUUACCGAAUCGCGCAAUGGCAAUGCUCAUUACGCCGCGUUCCAUAACCUCAACGCCGGCAUUGGCUUCCAGGCCCUUAUUCUCCCCGUCGCCUUCGCCUUCCUUGGCUGGAGUUGGGGGAUAAUAUCUCUGAUGAUAGCCUACCUAUGGCAACUAUACACCCUCUGGAUACUUGUUAAUCUUCAUGAAGCUGUCCCAGGCAGGAGAUACAAUAGAUAUGUGGAGCUUGCGCAGGCUGCUUUUGGUGAAAAACUAGGCGUGUGGCUUGCUCUGUUCCCUACCGUUUAUCUAUCAGCAGGAACUGCUACUGCAUUGAUUCUUGUUGGUGGUGAAACCAUGAAACUAUUUUUCCAGAUUGUCUGUGGAGCACUCUGCACCUCGAAUCCAUUAACAACUGUUGAGUGGUACCUGGUCUUUACUUCCUUAUGCAUUGUUCUCUCCCAGCUUCCAAACUUGAACUCCAUUGCCGGGCUCUCUCUUAUCGGCGCAAUAACAGCUUUAACUUAUACGACAAUGGCAUGGGUCCUUUCUGUAAGCCAAGCAAGACCUGCUUCCAUAUCUUAUGAACCCCUUAGAUCGAAUACUUUCACUGCAUCAACUUUCUCCAUAUUGAAUUCAUUUGGCAUCAUUGCGUUUGCCUUCAGAGGCCAUAAUCUUGCUUUAGAAAUUCAGGCAACCAUGCCGUCAACAUUCAAGCACCCAGCUCAUGUACCCAUGUGGAGAGGAGCCAAAGUUGCUUAUCUUCUCAUUGCCAUGUGUCUGUUCCCUGUUGCCAUUGGAGGUUUCUGGGCAUAUGGGAACCUUAUGCCUGCUGGAGGGAUGCUGAGUGCACUAUAUGCUUUUCACAACCAUGAUAUUCCAAGGGGUCUUCUUGCAACUACAUUUCUCUUAGUUGUGUUUAAUUGUCUCAGCAGUUUCCAGAUAUAUUCCAUGCCUGUAUUUGACAGCUUUGAAGCAGGAUAUACAAGCCGAACAAACCGUCCUUGUUCGAUCUGGGUACGAUCCGGCUUUCGCAUAUUUUACGGGUUCAUCUCAUUCUUCAUUGGUGUUGCAUUCCCAUUUCUUUCUAGUAUUGCUGGUCUUCUUGGUGGUCUAACUCUUCCAGUAACAUUUGCCUAUCCAUGCUUCAUGUGGGUUCUUAUAAAGAAACCUCAGAGGUUCAGUUUCAAUUGGUAUUUGAAUUGGAGUCUUGGGAUACUUGGAAUAGCUUUUAGUCUAGCUUUUUCUGCUGGUGGUGUUUGGAGUAUGAUAAACAGUGGGCUCAAGCUCAAGUUCUUUAAACCUAACUGAAGUCCAGCUUUGAAUCUAUUCAUAUUGUAUAAAAUAUCCUCCAUUUAAGAAAUAAUGAGGGUGAAUUUACUAAUCUUUUCUAAUUUGUGUGUAAUGGAAUGAACUGUAACUGUGAUUGGUAAUUUAAUUCUGUAAUGUUUUUUAUUUUA